AUGACAACCCCCAUUUCCGCAGCAGCAGCAGCAGCAGUAGCGGCAGAGGCUGGAUCACCAAACAUAAAAGCGAAGAAAAAGCCAUCCAAUUGGUCUAUCAUCCUAAAAGCUUUUCGAGAGUUAGGUCUACCUUCUUGUUCUGCACCCGCUGAUACAUGGCCCGAUUUUGAUCAUUUGCAAGGGCUUCUUAGGGAAGCCAAGGUUAUUGUUGUAACGACGAAAGUAUUGAAUACCGCCCUUAAAAUAACGGACGAAAAUAGUAGAUUCCGUGCGAAAAAGUUGCUAAUGUCAUACGUGAUACUCAUGUGCCCAGAAGCAGCAUUGGGUGACAUCAAUAAACCCGAAGAAAAAAGAGUAUAUGAAUCAGCCAAAGAAAUGCUACGAUUGUUCGAAGUAUGGUUGAAAGCUCACGGUCAUCCAGGUGCAACAGCAGCUAGACUUGCCUUUGUCAACGCCUAUAAUGAGUAUAUUUCAGUUUUUGAUCUAUGGAAAUCGAAAGAUUACUCUGAAUUUGUUCAGAUUAUGAUCAAGGAUUAUGUGCAAGAAUCUACUUUGCGUCAAACCAUGCUUGCCUCUGAAGAACAAAUGGCAACAAUCGAAACAUUGGAUGAGAACUUAAAGACACGAAAGAAACAGAUAGAACGGUUUGCGGGAAAAGAGGGAUUGGAACAAUUACAGCGAGCAUUGGAAGCAGCGCUUAGCUCAACAUCGACUGGUAGGAAGAAGCAAAAAGAACUCAAUACACCUAGAUCGCCGGAUUUCGAACAGGAGUACUUUACAAAUCAGCAACAGCAGGAAUAUCAUCAUGCUACUGGCAGAGAAUAUAUGAGUUUAUUAUUGGAUCAGUAUAUUUCUUCAGCAGAGAAUGUCGUUAGGGACGGACUUGCCAACGCUCAGUUAGCUCACGAAUUAAUUAUGGACCCUGAUUUCAAAAUUGAAAAGCUAACUUCAGCAUUUGAAAAUAAAGUGAAGACCAUUGCCCAGAAGGCUUUCUUUGACAAAAUGGCAGAAGAUAUACAGAACGGACAGGCACAUGCAGUAAUCCCUCCAUUAUUUUCUGAUAUCAAGAACCGUUUACUGGUUUUGUCGAAUCCUGAAUCAUCGCUUUAUAACAAUAUUCAAGAAUCUAUUGACAUAUUGUUAAUUGAGCAACAGCUCAAGCAGCAUCCAGAGCAGUUCGACAUACAAUCCGUGAUCGAUCAUAUUCUUGGCUUGAUGGCAUGGAUGUGCGCUCCAGUUCGGGAUGAUGAAAUAAAUGAAGCACGCAGCUUGAGGACUUUGACUAGUCCUCAUAAUAACGAUAAGAAAGGUAGAAUUACCCUUUUGUUAAAGCAGUUGCAAACGAUAUUAUCGCUAUUAGAGAAGAUGACGUUAGAUCAUGCCAACUAUAAACUGCACUUGUUACGUCCACAUCUUCUGUCUAUUGCUGUUGAUUACGAAAGGGAAAGUUUUGCAGCAUGGCUAGAACAACAGCACUCGUCAACAUCAUCAUCAUCAUCAUCAGCAUCAUCGUCGUCAUCAUCAUUAACACCGUUAGGCAGAACUGAAACAUGGCUGACCAAGUCUGUUGAUAAAUUAUGUCAGGAAGCAGCUAAACGUAAUCCCGAUAAUAUUGAACGAAGCAACAAGCCUUCACAUGAUGCAAUUUUGGAAGAUGCGUUCUUAUCACUGUUAUGUCAACCCAUUUUGAUUGCAAAGGACAACGUGCCUGAAACCUUGGCUCUGGACGUUUCAAGAUUAGCAUACUUCCAAAAUGAAAUACAAGCCAUUACUAUUGGAGGCGCUUUAGUAAUAAUUGCCAAGUCUUUUGGCUCAAAUAUUGAUGACAAUAGCAUGUUCGAGCUCGCAUCUCGUCUCUUUACAAUGCUGGAGAAUAAUUCAUCUAUUGAACACCUAUCAGCUGAACUUAUACGAGUAGCGCAUGUAAAAUCGGAGCAACGAGAAUUACUGAAAAAUGUGGUGGAUAAAACUCUGAAUUAUAAAGACAAGGUCUUUACUUUGGUAUUAGAUCGUGUGGUGAAGAUAAUAAAAAGCACAAUCCAGAGUCGUAAAUUUGUUACAUCAGCAACACUAGAAAGCUUUGGACUACAAUAUGUACAAAGUCAACUACAAGCUACUGCAUUAAACAUUCAAAGAUUGGUAAACCAUAACAGAAAAGUGUAUGCUACUUGGUAUAAUCAACUUAUCGUAAAGGCAGUAAAUGAUAAGCUGGGGACUCAUGAACCACAGCAGCAGUAA